AUGCCAGCUGGAUCUGACAGGAGUGCAGUUGUUUGUUAUCAGUGUCAGCAGCCUGGGCAUUACAAGUCCAGUUGUCCGAUGAAAUCGUCUUCAGUUUCGUCAACUCCGAAGGCUUGUUAUGGGUGUGGCCAGCAGGGUCACUUGAUUCGUGAUUGUCCAGGCCAGGGAGCAGGCACAGGUAGUGGCAGAGGGUCACGACAGAGGCCAUCUCAGUCGGCUACAGUUCAGUCAGUCCUCAGGCACAGGUACCACAGGGACGUGUUUUUGCACUGGCACAGACCGAUGCAUUUUCUGGACCGUCAGUUCUUUGAGAGCCGACAGAAGAGCUAUGCGGAUAAGCGGAUAAGACCGUUAUCCUUUGAGGUGGGAGACCACGUUUUUCUACGGGUUUCUCCACGGAAGGGGUUGAUGAGAUUUGGGAAGAGUGGCAAGUUAUCGCCACGAUUUAUUGGACCAUUCGAGAUUUUGGAUCGGGUAGGAGAGGUUGCCUACAGACUUGCUUUACCACCACAGAUGGACAGAGUUCACAAUGUCUUUCAUAUAUCGAUGUUACGAAAGUACGAGCCGAAUCCAUCUCACAUUUUAAGUUGGGUUGAUGUGGAUAUUGAUGAGGAUGUUUCCUACGAGGAAGGACCAGUUCAGAUCCUUGACACUCAACAGAAGGUGUUGAGGAACAAGACGAUACCAAUGGUGAAAGUCCUUUGGAGACACCACGGAGUCGAGGAGGCUACUUGGGAGCUCGAACAGGAGGUUCGGUCCAAGUACCCAGCGUUGUUUUCUUCCUCAGCCGUGGCUCUAGAAUCGAGGGGUAUCACAGACGGGUUGGCGGUGAGUUCUGCGAGGAUGAACUCGGCCGGUGGAAAGCUUAACUAUGGAUGGCUCGGCCGUGGAAGACUCGCGGCGGCUGGCGAGGAGCUUGACCAUAAUGAAGAUGGCCUCAGCUGUGGGUGA